UAAACCCAAGUGCUGAGUGCACAGAGAAAGACACCUGCAGCUGUACAGGGCUCGUUUGAAGCACUUAGGACUUUAGUGGCAACCAAGGAGUUGGGAAACUAUUUAAAACACAUAUCCUUGUAAAGAUCUCUGAAAAAAUAAAGACAGGUGAUCUGGACUGGGGAGGCUUUGAGAUGCACCCUUCUCUUUGACAACAUUACCAUAUUCCUGCAUAGCUUUUCACGGCUUGCCAAAGAAGAGCAGAGGACUAAUCUGUAUCAUUGAAGUUGUCGCCAGCACUUACACAGAGUUGAAAACUAGAUCAGCCAGUGACGUACAAACCAAAGAAGAAGACAACAUGACAAGUAUUGCUAAGAAAGGUACAAAAUCAGGUGAUGCUGACGGUGACCGUGAAGCCAUUAUAAAAAAUAUGAGGGUUCGUAAAAUGGUAAAGGGAGAUGACAGCUGGAUCAAUAACAGACGAAGCUAUGAUGAACAAGAAGAGACGAAUAAACCACAGGAUAAUGCUACGAAAUCAACAAGUGCUAAUGAAGAAUCUUCAGAGGACAACAUCACUGGGUUAAAACCAACUUCUGGCUAUAUCAUAAGGGGAAAAUUUACCAAAACCACCGAUGCAGCAAUACCUGGCACUCAUGCAUCUGUGAACGGAGCUUCAGAUAGCUUGAAGACUAGCCCUGGACCUGUAUCCAAGAGUAGCACACUGCCAUCAAACUAUGGAGCUAAGAGAUCCCGAGAAGACUACAUGAAAAUAGCACCACAUGUCAAAACUAGAUCACAGAGCAUGGAAGAAAUUGACACUGUUUCCGUAGAAGAACAGACAAAAAGAACAGAAGCAGCACAGAGUGCCCUAAAAUCCUCACCUAAGCAUCGGUCAUACGUGCUGUCAGCAGCGAAAAUGCACAGCCCAACACAAGACAUUUCAGCUCCAUCCUUUAUAGCACAAAGGGUCGAUGUCAAGGAAGAAGACACGUCCAGUGAAAACAAGACUACUACAGUCAAUAAAAAAUCUACUCUGGGGACCAGUACUAAAGGAUCUGAACGAGAAAAUACUGUGAGGACCAUUACGGAAAAACCAUCAGUGCCUCCCAGGACCCUGAGCAAAGAUGACAGCAAGAAGCAAUCUACUGUGGCUGCAGGUGAUGCAAAAACUUUAAUAACCACCCUUCCUGAGAAAAACAAAGAUGAAACCAAGAAAAUAUCCAGCUCACCUUCUUUGCAAAAAGAUGAGCCUAAAACAUUUACCAUCAUCUCCACAGAUAAAAGCAUUGACACUUCCAAAAAUCUAUUUGACUGGUCACCCAAGAAUGAAAGAAAAACAGACAAAACAACUUUUUCAGAAAAAAGCAAAGAUGGUACCAAAAACCUGUUUGACUUGUCCACUGGCACUGAGAUAAAGACAAAGACCACAACUACCACGGAGAAAAGCAAAGAUGGUACCAAAAACCUGUUUGACUUGUCCCCUGGCACUGAGAUAAAGACAAAGACCACAACUACCACGGAGAAAAGCAAAGAUGGUGCCAAAAGCCUAUUUGAUUUGUCCCCUGGCACUGAGAUAAAUACAAAGACCACAACCUUCAUGGAGAAAAGCAAAGAUGGUACCAAAAACCUGUUUGACUUGUCCCCUGGCACUGAGAUAAAGACAAAGACCACAACUACCACGGAGAAAAGCAAAGAUGGUGCCAAAAACCUAUUUGAUAUGUCCCCUGGCACUGAGAUAAAGACAAAGACCACAACCUCCAUGGAGAAAAGCAAAGAUGGUACCAAAAACCUGUUUGACUUGUCCCCUGGCACUGAGAUAAAGACAAAGACCACAACUACCACGGAGAAAAGCAAAGAUGGUGCCAAAAACCUAUUUGAUAUGUCCCCUGGCACUGAGAUAAAGACAAAGACCACAACUAUCACAGAGAAAAGCAAAGAUGGUACCAAAGACUUGUUUGACUUGACCCCUGGCACUGAGAUAAAGACAAAGAUCACAACUACCACGGAGAAAAGCAAAGAUAACACCAAAAAUCUCCUCGACUGGUCCUCAGGGACUGAAGAAAAGAUAAAGACCACCAUUUCUGUAGAGAAAAGCAAACAGGAUGCCAAAGAUCUGCUUGAAUGGUCCCCUGGGACAGAAAGAAAAACAAAGACCACAGUUUCUGUGGAGAAAAGCAAACAAGAUGCUAAAGAUCCAUUUGAGUGGUCAUCAGGAACUGAAAAACAGACAAAAACCACUAUUUCUGUGGAGAAAAGUAAACCAGAUACAAAAGAUCCAUUUGAGUGGCCUUCAGGGACUGAAACUACAACAAAAACUACUACUGCUACUGUAGAAAAAAGGAAAGUGGAUACCAAAAAUCUCCUUGAAUGGUCGCCUGAGACUGAACGAAAAUCAAAGACUACAAUUUCUACAGAGAAAAUCAAGCAUAACAGUCUCCUUGAGUUUUCCCCUGAGACUGAAAAAAAGACAAAGACUGUCAUCUCUGAGAAAAGCACUGUGACUUCAAAUCUCCUCGACUUGUCUCCUGAGACUGAAAGAAGAUCAAAGACCAUCCAUUCUGCUGAGAAAAGCAAGGAAGACAAAAAUAUCCUUGACUGGGCUCCUGAAACUGAAAGAACGAGUACCAGCAGCUCUUCAAAGAAAAGCAAGGAGGAGACCAAAGAUCUUUUUAACUUGUCUCCAGAAACAUCAAGAAAGUCAAAAACCAGCAGCUCAACAGAAAAAAGCAUCAUUGAAGAUACCAGCAGUGGAAGUCAUCCUUCCUGGACAGAGUACGAGACCAAGACAACAACAACAUUUAGCAGUAAUAGCGAUAAUGAUUCUGAAGUUCCCAGCUGGAAAUCCUGGAGAGAAACAAAAACAGAUCUCAGCAAAACAAAUGAUAACGAAGAUGACCCAGAAGAUUAUAGCAGUAGCAGAGCAUCAUGGACUGAAAACACAUAUACUACAAACACGAAAUGGACCACGGAAACUGUGACAACAAGAGAGACAAUACGAGAAUCACCAAGAAUCGUUAUUUCAACAGAAAGGGAGCCAUCAAGCUGGACUACAGAGACUAUAACAACAACAGAGUCAGUGAGAGAACAACCAAGAAUCUCAAUUUCAACAGCUACAGAGCCAACAAGCAGUUUUGAUUCAAACAACCAAAGAAGAACCAUUGUUACAACCACAGAGACUCGUACUGAGUUACCUACCCCACCAGAAAUGCCACAGUCAGAGCUCAAGAAAGGCCUGGUACUUGUGAAGCAGUACGUUAACACCUCUGAACGGUCCUCAGUCCCAUCACAAUACAGCAAUCGACACUCAAUGGACUUCUCUGACCUUAUUUCAAAGGACUCCCAGAGUAAUGUCUUUAGCAGUCUCCCAAGGAACUUUGAAAGUGAAACUAUAAGUGACUACUCUGAUCCCAUAAAGCGACAUUCAUUCAAUUAUGCCUACAGCAGCCCUUCAAGUAUUUAUAACAGAUUAGGAGAAGGGUCCUGCACAUACUGUGGGAAUGAAAUCGGAGAUGCUCCAAAGAUUAAAAUCGAACAUUUGAAUAUAAACAGCCAUGCAGACUGCUUUAAGUGUGGGAUCUGUGGCAAGCUGAUGGGGGACCUCAUAGACAACAUGUUCCUGCACAGAGGGGUUGUGCACUGCUAUCAGUGCUAUGACAAACUGCUUUAAGGAAAUUAACUGUUACUGCAAUCAAACCAGAAAACAUCAUUUGUACAGAAUUUUAAUCUGCUGGCAUGAAGGACAAAUGCAUACUCGCAUCCCGACAACAGUUUUGAAUAUGUUUCUGUUGUGUAUUCUGAUUUUUUUUAUUAUUGUUAUUAUUAUACUACAUUGAGUAUUGUAUGUAUAUAAAUCUGAGAUAUCCAUUAAAUUGUAGUUCUUUAAGUCAAGUAGGACUGUCUCUCAUACCAAUAAUUCAGGUUAAGCAUUGUAAUGAGGUAUUAUACCCAUAGUAGGGAAAGCUAUGUGUAGCUGCUGAGUAAGCUUCUGUUCUUAAAACUGCCCACAAUUACACAGGGGCACAAUUUUCUCGAGCAGUUAUAGAAAACAUAUCAGAUGUGUACACUCAUUCCAGAAGGACAAGACAGUGCUCUUUACCUGUCUAAUUGCAGAAUACAACCUGUUAAAGCAGCAGUUUCAUAGCCUAAAAGAAACUUGACACUAUUUCUUUCACUGAAAUAAUUAAGCACUUAAAAAUCACUUAGUAUCUGGAAAUGUUUGAGCACAAAUCUCCAUUCUACAAUGUCCUAUUAUACGUUGUUAGCCAGAGGUCUGUAUAUACAUGUCAAGAUUUAUGGAUACAUUGCUCACUUCCCAUAAUCUUGCUAAAUCUUGCGAAAAAUAACCUGUCUCUACUAAUGCAAUAUUCUGUCAAAAUACCAUGUCUGUUGUUUUUAAGAAUACGAAACAAUAUGUUGCUUCUGUGAAUAUGUCAUUAUUAUUUAAACUUAGUUUAUUGUUUGUAAAACAUAUUUCCAGUAUUCUUUGGUAAACAUAUCUAUAGUAGAAUGCUUUGUCCUUAAUGGCAGUCCCAGUAAUGCUACAAUAUUAAUGAAGUGAAAGGACGCCAGUGUUUCGUUUCCUUGCCCUAAAAGCCAAAGUGUGACACCUUUAUAACUGUAGUUUGUACUCAAACAAUAAAGAAUAUGGAAGUGUUAAAUACUGCCCAUAGCCAAAAGGCACCUCAUCAUUACAUAUAUUUCCAACCAACUAGUGAUUAAGCAGAAUUUGACAUUAGCAUGCCAGUCAGCAUCCAUCUUCUCUAAAUGGCCAUCCAAUAUUUAACUAUUAUACCUCAAUAUUUCACAUUAGUGUCACCGAGGGAUUACAGGGGAAUGUCAAGGAGUCUUCUCCACUGUCCACAAUAUGCCAAAUAUCCCACCAUCAGAAAUCCUCAGUUAACAGUGUAUACAGUAUGGGAAUAUGAGGGCACAGAAUAUAGACUCAGCCACGAGAACAAAGCAGCUCACCAUCAUGGAUGACAUUAAUGCCACUUUCUAAGAAUCCGCCAGCUGAUAGGUACUCUUUAGGGGCCUUUCCUCAUAUCUUAAAGAUUUGCAGCUACCAGCCUGACAGCUUAGUGAGUCACUACCUAAGUGUGUAUAUGUGUGUAUACCUUGUAUUUUAUAAUCUUAUUCUGUCAAAAAACAGCAACUUACAUUCAAAAUUUAUACUUGUUCCCCUCAAAGAUUGAAAUGCACUAGUAUUUUGUUGCCUGUAAUCUUCAUUCCUCCUUCCCUCUCUGGAAAACAGGCACAUAUAUUAGCUGACAAUAGUGCUAUUCUGUGAGUGACCACUAGGGGGCAGGUGACAUUAUAGACGCUUAUCAUCCCAGUUCUACAAUUUUCUAUUUUAACGGCACUGAUGUCAUCAGCGUAUCUUAUUGACUAAUUUCAGUUCCAGCUUGUGCAAAUUCAUAUUCUGUGCGCUGUGUUUAUGAAUCUCAAUACUUCAAGAAUGUGUACUGAAUACAUCUUAUGAACUGUGUUUAUGAACAGCAGAGACAGUUGUUAUUCAAGUUCUCUGUGUUUUAAAUUGUAAUCUUUUGGUUUCAUAGUAAGUUUGUGUUAGUCAAGAAGAACCGGUAAUCAUGUCUAUGACAUCUGUAGAUCGCAACAUUCCCAGCCACUAUGUAGCUAGCAUUCCUAGACAUUGUUCUUAUUUUUUCAUUUGUUUAUCUAAAAACAUGUUAUCGCUGAAAGCUACCAAUUAAAGGUACUGCAGCUUCCUACAUUUUCUGGAGAUGGCAAGCUUCCAAAACAAGAUGCAGUAGACUCUUGGAUUAACAUAUACAGUUGUAAUAUUGACCCAUCUGCCAUAAGUGUGAAGCACAAGCAUUUUAAUGACUCAAAACUAUUUAUCAGCAGAAUACUUAAAUAAUGAACAGAAGAAAUUAUUUUCUGGAUCAUGUAUACUUGCAUUUUUUAGCAUUUCAUUAAAUUGUAUACCAAAGGUCUAACGUCAUAUUAAAGGAUAUCGUACUAUUUUAUGCCUGAAAUA